UGCGGGUGUUUUAUUGUGAAAGUCUCGGUGACAGGAAGUGUGUCCUGGUCUCUCAGCUUGUUCUGGAUGAUCCGAUCUGGAUUCAGCCAUAUUCCCACUGAGCAGCCACACCGGCAGUCAGCCCCAAACUACCGAAAAAAACCCGUGGCCGUGGGCCGUGCUCCCUGUCGGUCUGAACCGGUUCUGGUACCAAACUCGAGUCCGUCCCGGAGCUCCCGGACAUGUUACCGAGCUGAUACACCGACCCGACAUGGAGCAGCGGCCAAUCUGAGUCGACGGUCUGACCGACAUCCCGAUUUCAGAGCGGAAAGUCCAGAUUUACCGGAUUAAAGCCGAUGCGGAGGACGGACCGACGCGGGCCCGCAGGCUGAACGGCUCUCAACACGACGAGGCGACGGUACCGGGCGGAGACACACCGACUCACGGACUCACGGACUCACGGACUCCCAAAAUGUCGGGAAUGUUUUCCCGGAGCUAACGAGCUAGCUGCAGUUAGCUGAGCUCGGCAGGAAGCGGAGCCUGCGCGGCGGCUACUCUCGGACUGUGCGGCGGGGCUGUGGUCGGGUUCUCCGCGGGAGGGCGGGUGACUGUCCCGGGGCACGAUGUCGGCUCAGGCUCGUCUGAAGCGGCUGGAGGAGCUGCUGCUGGAGCAGAAGGCGGCGGGCUGCCUGAGCGUGGAGGCGCUGCUCGACCUGCUGCUCUGCUUCUACACCGAGUGCUCCCACUCCCCGCUGCGGAGGGAGAAGCACGUCAACGACUUCCUGCAGUGGGUCAAACCAUUCACCACCACAGUGAAGGACAUGCGGUUGCACAGAGAUGACUUCGAGAUGCUGAAGGUGAUUGGACGAGGAGCGUUUGGUGAGGUUGCCGUGGUGAAGAUGAAGAACACUGAGCGAGUCUAUGCCAUGAAGAUCCUCAACAAAUGGGAGAUGUUGAAGAGGGCUGAGACGGCGUGUUUCCGUGAAGAACGUGACGUCCUGGUGAAAGGAGACAGUCAGUGGAUCACUACACUGCACUACGCCUUCCAGGACGACAACUACCUGUACCUGGUCAUGGACUACUACGUGGGCGGAGACUUGCUGACUCUGCUCAGUAAGUUUGAAGAUCGACUUCCUGAAGAGAUGUCGAAGUUCUACGUGGCUGAGAUGGUUCUCGCCAUCAACUCCAUCCACCAGCAGCACUACAUCCACAGAGACAUCAAACCAGACAACGUGCUGCUCGACGUCAACGGUCACAUCCGCCUCGCCGACUUUGGAUCCUGUCUACGCAUGAUGGAGGACGGCACGGUGCAGUCCUCCGUGGCGGUGGGCACUCCAGACUACAUCUCCCCAGAGAUCCUGCAGGCGAUGGAGGACGGGAUGGGUCGCUACGGGCCGGAGUGUGACUGGUGGUCUCUGGGUGUCUGCAUGUAUGAGAUGCUCUACGGAGAAACGCCGUUCUAUGCCGAGUCACUGGUGGAAACCUACGGCAAGAUCAUGAACCACGAGGAGCGUUUCCAGUUCCCGUCCCACGUGACUGACGUGUCCGAGGAUGCCAAAGAUCUGAUCCAGCGCCUGCUUUGCUCGAGGGAAUGUCGACUAGGUCUGAACGGGAUCUCCGAUUUCAAGAGCCACCCGUUCUUCAGCGGGAUCGACUGGGACAACAUCCGGUCCGCUGAGGCUCCCUACAUUCCCGAUGUGUCCUCGCCCACCGACACCUCCAACUUUGACGUAGAUGACGACGUCCUCAAGAACCCGGACAUCAGCCCCCCAAUGUCUCACACUGGUUUCACUGGUCAGCAUCUCCCCUUUGUCGGCUUCACCUUCACCACCGACAGCUGUUUUGCUGACCGUGGCUCCAUCACCCGGGCGGGGCAUGGCCUCCAGCAGGAAGAGGAGGGGGGAGGAGGAGCGCAGGAGGUGGAGGUGUUUGAGAGGAGGAUCCGCCGACUGGAGCAGGAGAAACAGGAGCUAAAUCGAAAACUCCAGGAGUCGACCCAGGCCUUGCAGGCUCCGCCUCGAGGAGGAACUCUGACCCGGGACAGAGAGAUCAAGAAGCUGAAUGAGGAGAUCGAAAGGCUGAAGAAGAAGCUGGCAGACUCUGAUAGGCUGGAGCACCAGCUGGAGGAGGCGGUCACACUCAGACAGGACUAUGAGAGCUCCGCCUCCAAACUGAAGACCCUGGAGAGGCAGGUGAAGACCCUGAGACAGGAGAAAGAUGAAGUCCACAAGCAGCUGGCCGACUCUUUGGAGCGUCUGAGGAGUCAGACGAAAGAGUUGAAGGAGGCUCACUCUCAGAGGAAGUUGGCCCUGCAGGAGUUCUCAGACCUGUCCGAGAGGAUGGCCGACCUCCGCUCCUCCAAACAGCGCCUGUCCCGUCAGCUCCGGGAUAAAGAGGAGGAGAUGGAUGCCCUCCUGCAGAAGAUGGACGCCAUGAGACAGGAGAUCCGCAAGACCGAGAAGAACCGCAAGGAGCUGGAGGCUCAGCUGGACGAUGCGAAGGCGGAGGCAUCGAAGGAGAGGAAGCUGAGAGAGCACAGCGAGGUUUAUUCCAAACAGCUGGAGACGGAGCUGCAGAGCCUGAAGUCUCAGCAGGGUCGAGGAGCAGCUGCCGGGGGGGCAGAGUCUCAGCAGGAGCUGUCUCGCCUGAAGGCGGAGCUCGAUAAGAAGGUCCUGUUCUAUGAGGAGGAGCUGCUGAGAAGAGACUCCACCCACUCCUCCGAGAUCAAAAACCUCCGCAAGGACCUGCACGAGUCCGAGGGGGCCCAGCUCGCUGCCAACAAGGAGCUGCUGCAGCUCCGAGACAAGCUGGACAAGGACAAGAGGGACAGGCAGACGGAGAUGGAUGAAGCUGUUGCAGCUCUGAAGGAGAAAUAUGAACGAGAGAAAAACCUGCUGACAGAAGAAAACCGCAAACUGACGGCUGAAACUGACAAGCUGUGUUCGUUUGUGGAUAAACUGACGGCUCAGAACCGUCAGCUGGAGGACGACCUUCAGGACCUGUCGUCUAAGAAGGAGAGUGUGGCUCACUGGGAGGCUCAGAUCGCAGAGAUCAUCCAGUGGGUGAGUGAUGAGAAGGACGCUCGAGGUUACCUUCAGGCUCUGGCCACCAAGAUGACGGAGGAGCUGGAAACACUGCGCAGCUCCAGCCUGGGAACAAGACCUCUGCCUGAAUCAGGAGUGGCCACGCCUCCUAAGAAGCCCUGGCCUCCUAUUGGUGGAGACAGGAGGGACCCCCUGUGGAAAGUGCGUCGCAGUCAGAAGGUGGACAUGUCUGCUCGUCUGGAGCUGCAGUCGGCUCUGGACGCUGAGAUCAGAGCCAAACAGAUCGUUCAGGACGAACUGCGCAGAGUCAAAGCCAGUAACAUCAACCUGGAGAGUAAACUGAAGGAGUCAGAGGAGAGGAGCCGAGAGAUGGAGGAGCAGAUGGAGAGUCUGAAGAAGGAGAUGGAGGAGAAUCGCUCGCACUCUGACAAAGGUCUGAAGCUUCCAGACUUCCAGGACUCCAUCUUUGAAUAUUUCAACACAUCUCCACUGGCCCCAGACCUCACCUUCAGAACCACAGACAUAGACUCCACCCCCCAGAAACCAGAGAACACGCCCCCUUCUGAACAUCAGGAAGUUAAAGUAACGUCUGUCCCGGCGAGCCCGUCUCCGAUCUAUCCGAGUCCAACACUGACCACACCAAAGCCCAAAGCUCACCAGCUGAGUAUCAAGACCUUCUCCAGCCCCACUCAGUGCACACACUGCACCUCCCUGAUGGUGGGACUCAUCCGACAGGGCUACGCCUGUGAAGUGUGCUCCUUCAUCUGCCAUGUUUCCUGUAAAGACCACGCCCCCCUGGUCUGUCCAAUCCCAGCAGAGCAGGCCAAGAGGCCGCAGGGCAUUGACGUCCAGAGAGGCAUUGGCACUGCCUACAAGGGCUACGUCAGGAUCCCAAAGCCCAGCGGGGUGAAGAAAGGCUGGCAGCGAGCAUUUGCUGUGGUCUCUGAUUGUAAACUGUUUCUCUACGAUGUCCCAGAGGGAAAGUCCACCCAGCCUGGGGUGGUGGCCAGUCUGGUGCUGGAUCUCAGAGAUGAGGAGUUUUCCGUCAGCUCUGUCUUGGCGUCGGAUGUGAUCCACGCCACCAGGAAGGACAUCCCCUGCAUCUUCAGGGUGACGUCGUCACAGCUGAUUUCGCAGCUCUCCUCUGUAUCACUGCUGGUGCUGGCGGAGAGCGAAGUGGAGAAGAGGAAGUGGGUCAGGAUCCUGGAGGGUCUGCAGAGCAUCCUGACCAAGAACCUGCUGAAGAGCCGUCAGGUCCACAUCCUGCACGAGGCCUACGAUGCCUCGCUACCGAUCAUCAAGACAACCCUGUCCGCCGCUGUGCUCGAUCGGGAGAGGAUCGUCCUGGGAACAGAAGACGGACUGUUCAUGGUCGAGGUUACCAGAGAUGUGAUCGUACGAGCAGCAGACAGUAAGAAGGUUUAUCAGAUCGAUUUGAUCCCGAAGGAGAAGAUCAUUGCGCUGCUCUGCGGUCGGAACCGUCACGUUCACCUUCACGCCUGGGGGGCACUCGAAGGUGCCGAGUCCACCUUUGACAUCAAGCUGGCAGAGACCAAAGGCUGCCAGGCUCUGACCACGGGCUCGCUCAGACCCGGAGGCCCUGCCUGUCUGCUGGCUGCUGUCAAACGUCAGGUUCAGUGCUAUGAGAUCACUCGAGCAAAGCCCCACCAUAAGAAACUGUGGGAGGUGCAGGCUCCAGGGGUGGUGCAGUGGCUAGGCAUGGUGAGGGAGCGGCUGUGUGUCGGCUAUCCUUCAGGCUUCGCUCUCCUGGCCCUGCAGGGGGAGUCGUCCCCCAUCAGUCUGGUGAGCCCAGGCGACCCGUCGCUGGCCUUCCUGGCCCAGCAGCCUCUGGAUGCCCUGCACGCCCUGGAGGUGGGAUCCGCCGAGCUGCUGCUCUGCUUCAGCCAGCUCGGCAUCUAUGUGAACGGACAGGGCCGCCGGUCCCGAACCCAGGAGCUGAUGUGGCCGGCCACACCACUUGCAUGCAGCUCUAACUCGUCUCACCUGACGGUCUACAGCGAGUACGGGGUCGAUGUCUUCGAUAUUCACACCACAGAGUGGGUCCAGACCAUCUCGCUCCGCAAGAUCAGACCUCUAAAUGUUGAAGGGACCUUAAACCUGCUGAGUUCAGAACCUCCUCGUCUGAUUUACUUCAGUAACACGUCAUCAGAGGGAGACCUCACCAUCCCGGACACGUCGGACCACAGCAGGAAGUUGAUGGUUCGAACUCGCAGCAAGAGGAAGUUCCUGUUUAAGGUUCCUGAAGAGGAGCGACUCCAACAGAGGAGGGAGAUGCUGAGGGAUCCUGAGCUCAGGUCAAAGAUGAUUUCUAACCCGACAAACUUUAACCACGUCGCUCACAUGGGACCAGGAGACGGGAUGCAGGUCCUCAUGGACCUCCCUCUGGUAACUCCUCUUCUCUCCUUUCUUCUCCUCUCCUUUCCUCUCCCUCCUCCUGUCAGCAUGUUCUCCUCCCCCCUCCUACAGCUCUGUUCAUCACACUGACUCCUCUCUUCUC